AUGAACGUCGACUACGAGUCUGCUCCUGUCGGCCCCAAAGGUCUCCCUCCGAUGAACAGUCCCACCGAGGAGAAGUCUGCUCUCGCUACUGCGCUCUCCCACGGCGAGGGGGACACGGACGAGGGUGAGGAACCCACAGCAGAGGAGCUGCUCACUCUGAGGAAGGUGCCUGCGGGUAUGCCUUGGCCUGCUCUGGCCAUGUGUCUCAUCGAGUUUGCCGAACGAGCAAGCUACUACGGUUGUACGGGCGUGUUCAGCAACUUCAUCCGUGGUCCCCUGCCCAAGGGCGGUAAUGGAGCCGGCGCAGUCGCCCCUGGGCCAUUGGGAUACAACGAAUCUGCCGGAGCUCUGGGCAUGGGUGUGCAGGCCGCAACGGCGUUGACCACGCUCUUCACUUUCUUGGCGUACACGAUUCCCAUCCUGGGUGGGAUUGUGGCUGAUACUAAAUGGGGACGAUUCAAGACUAUCUGUGUUGGAACCGCCGUUGGUGCCAUUGCCCAUGUACUCCUUGUCAUCCCGGCUCUUCCGGUUGUUAUCGCUGGUGGCAAGGCAAUUGCUGCCUUUAUCAUUGCGAUGCUUAUCCUUGCCUUUGCUGCUGGCUUUAUCAAGCCUUCCCUCGCUCCGCUCCUUUGCGAUCAAAGCCCGGCACACCACGCGGUCAUCAAGCGCCUCCCCUCAGGCGAGCGUGUUAUCCUCGAUCCCCAAACCACCGUGCAGCGGUACCUGCUCUUCUUCUACUGGGCGAUCAACAUCGGUGCUUUCUUCUCCGUCGCUACCUCCUACGCAGAGCGUGAUGUCGGCUUCUGGCUCGCCUACCUCCUCCCAGGAAUCAUCUACAUGCUCAUGCCCAUUGUGCUCGUCGUUGUCUACAAACGCCUGUACAGGGCACCACCCCAAGGGUCGGUCGUUCUCGAGUGUAUGCGGGUGUUCAAGCGCCUUCUCUCGCACGGAGGAUGGAAGCGUAUGUGGAAGGGCGGCGACGAUUUUUGGAACCACGCCAAGCCAUCCUACAUCGAGCACACCGAAGGAAGUGUCGACCUCAAGGUCGUGUUUUGGGACGACAAAUUCGUCGAUGAAGUCCGCCAGUCUAUCAGCGCGUGCAAGGUCUUCCUUCUCAUCCCGAUCUUCGCGCUCGCCGAUGGAGGCUUCGGUUCCACCGAAAACGCAAUGUCCGCAGCGAUGCGCGUAAACGGCGUUCCGAACGAUGUCAUCUCCAACUUCAACCCGCUGACCAUUGUCGUCGUUGCGCCCAUACUUAACUUUGGCUUCUACCCCCUCCUUAGGAAGUUCAACAUCAACCUUGCACCAAUGACACGCAUGUCCAUCGGCUUCAUCCUCGCCAGUAUCAACAUGAUCAUCGCUGCCAUCCUGCAAUGGAAGGUCUAUCAGGGCUCACCCUGCGGAUACUAUGCAACCUCGAACUGCCAGAUUGGGGAUGGGGUAGCAAACAUCUCCCUUUGGGCCCAAGUUCCACUCUACUCGCUCCCCGCCAUCGGUGAACUCUUCGUAAACGUCACAUCGUACGAGAUUGCCUACACCCGCGCCCCGGCACGCAUGAAGGGUCUUGUGUACGCCAUGGUACUGUUCACGUCUGCGCUCUCCUCCGCACUUACCGAGAUCGUCAAUCCCGCCCUGGUGGACCCAUACCUUAUAUGGCCAUACGUCGCCCUAGCCGUUGCUACCGCCUUAGCCGCGAUAGCGUUCCCGACACUGUUCAAGCACUUGAACGACCCGGUUGAGUUUAACGAUAUUGAUCGUAUGGAGGGCAGGCAGCAGCCACUCGCCAAGGCGCAGGCAGCGGCGGAGUCUGGAGACGCAGAGAAGGCGUAG